GAGAAGGACAAAAAUAUGGUAAGGGCACAUGAAAAUCAAUAUAAAAAGUAUGUUUAGUUCUGUAACGGUACGUCAAAAUUAGAUAGCAUUGCACCAUUGUAUUUAUUAAAAAAGAACUUCAAAACACGAUCUGACUUUACUAUAUUUUAAUCAAAAUGGUAAAGUUAAUUUAUUUAAAUAAAUCUCACCUCCUUCAUCAUAUAAAUUAGUAAAAUAAUUCGUACCAUGUAUAUCAUUGAUAAGUUACUUUAUGCCAUGAAUCACAAAGUUUAUUUUUCUGCCGAAAAGUUACGUAGCAUGGACCAAAAAAUUACGUUUUCUAAUAUUCAUGGACUACAACAAAAAUUACUUUUCCCAAUAUAGGGUUGCAAUAUAAACCAUCAGCUUUUUUUUGGAAAUGCUGUGGGAUAUAUCAAGCUCUCUUUUAGAAAAGUGUUGAGGUCUUAAAUGCAAGAACCCUCUUCUUUUAGAUUUUCUGUUCAGUUAAAUACUCCGUAUCUCCCGCUCAAAAAAAAAAGAUAUCACUCCGUAUGUCUCAUAGUCUCAUCUGACAAAGGACCUUCAAUUGAUCCAAACGAAAAAAAAAAUGCACCAUUGCCGGCCUCCUCCUGCCAUCACUGUGAUGUGGCCGUCGUCUUCUGGCUCCACGAGGACGGCAGGAACGCAGCGCCAAAACCCCCGCGCGGAUUCCGGAUUUCAGCGAUCCGUGGCCCAAUCAACUCCGAGCGCCGGCACAACUCCGAGUAAACCACCGCUCGCUGCGCCGGCAAUUCGUGACAUUGUCCCGUGACAUUCUGUGUGACAUUAUAUCAUCAGUAGUUGUUCAAAAGUUUUUGUGGCUCUGAGGCACGGACGUUCCGUCAUCGUCGUCACCGCUGCUUCUGUCAAUGGCGGCGUCGCGCCCAUCAUUGCUGCUGCUGCUGCUGGCGUCGUUGUGCGCCGCGCACCCGGUCCGCGGCGAGGGCCUGCUGACCGACGGCUUCACGGCGGUGGAGCUGACCGAGGCGCAGUUCAAGGUGCAGAAGCCCUACGACGUGCCGCUGGGCGAGCGCUACGAGCUCCUCGCCGGCGGCGUGCGCCGGAUGUGGGUCUACGCCGCCGACAAGCCCAUCACCACCGCCCACCCCGGCGGCCCCCGCACCGAGAUCAAGAUCGAGGCAAGUGCAAAGCUGAUCGACAUAUAUAUAUACCUCCUCCUGCUGUGAUCUUCCAUCUAGUAACAAUAUUUGUUGCUUCAU